UCUAUGGAUCCUAUUAAAUUACGUUUCUAUAUCGAACGAUAUGAAAAAGAAAGUCGUACAUUGAAGCUACAAGAAAAAUACGUUCUUACAACUCAAAUAAAAUCUUUGACUGGAAAAUUCUAUGCACGUCAUGACGCUAUUUCUUUACUUGACAUUCCAGAAGAAUAUAUUAAUUUUAUUGAGAAACGUACAGUUUUGAAACCAAAAGAUAUUUAUAAAUUUAGACCUCCUUCAGUUAAUAUGGAAUAUGGAUGGUUUACAAAACCAUUGAUACCAAGAUCAGUUGAUCCAAGAUUAUAUUUUGCUAAAAAAGAGUGUGAUUUUAUUAAGAAAGAGUUAUAUCAACGACAUCUUCAAAAAGGUCUACCAGUAGAGAGAUUUACUGGUGUCCCAUUUAAAACAUGAUACUUUUAUGCACGUAAAAUAUAUAUAUAUAUAUAUAUAUAUAUAUAUAUAUAUACACAUAUAUAUCCAUAAAAUCU